UUCGCUUCACUUGGAGGUUGCCACUGAUGAUGAUACCUAGCCAGGAUUUUGUUUCUCCUCAGCUGUUGGCUCUUGAAUACAAGGAACUCGUCAAACCCACCCCUCGUUUCCGCAGGAAGGAAUACAUUUCCCUAUGAGGAAACCGCAGACUGAGCUCAGGGUGUGGGCAACAUAGAGAGUGCUGUGCUGAUCAGUAACCUGACUCAGAGAUUACACAAGUGAGCCCAGAGAGUGGUACAGAUCCCCAGGACUGAACAGCAACUCCCCCUGGGAAUGGCUAUGGGACCCCUACUCAUCCUGGUUAGUCUAUACGCUCUGGUCUGGACCUCUCACGGUCAGCAACUUCACCCGAAUGGAACGAAUGUUUGUUCAUCAGCAAGAGAUCCUCUGUCACUGAGCUGUUGUCCAGGCUGGAGGCAGCAACGCAAUGAGUGCUCCAUCGCGAUCUGCGACGGGCCACAUUCCUGCAGCCCGGAAGAGAUCUGUGUCCGGCCUGGAGUCUGCCGCUGUCCCCACGGAUUCUUCGGAGCCAAGUGCGUGACCAGAUGUCCGGAUCAGUUUUGGGGUCCGGAUUGUCGGAAUGUGUGUGCUUGCCACCCGAACGGGAGGUGUGAAGCCAGGACGGGGAGGUGCCUGUGUUACCGCGGUUACUGGGGCCCACGGUGUAGCAGGAAGUGUGACUGUCUCUAUGGCCAGUGUGAUAGCAGUACCGGGAGCUGCCAGUGUGAGGCAGGCUGGUGGGGGCAUGACUGCAGCAAACUGUGUCGCUGUGAGACAGGGAAGUCAGUGUGUGACCCACAGACAGGGAGGUGCCUCUGCUCCCCUGGGUACUGGGGCACACGGUGUAACCUGCUGUGUUACUGUCACCGCUCGGCAUGUGGCCAGCUAACCGGGGUGUGUGAAUGUACCGCUGGCUGGUGGGGGCCUCUGUGUGAACGCCGCUGCGCUUGUCUACACGGAUUCUGUAACUCCACCAACGGGCACUGUGUGUGCCAGCCCGGCUACCACGGCACAACCUGCAACCAGCCCUGCCUCACCGGCCUCUACGGAGAGAGCUGCAGCAAGAGGUGCGGUCACUGUAAGGAUGCAGGGCAGUGCUCCCCCAGCGAUGGUUCCUGCCCGGCCUGUUUGAGGGGAUGGACCGGGAGUCAGUGUGAGCGGCCGUGCCCCCCAGGAGCACACGGGGAAAACUGCACAGAGCACUGUCCCCACUGCAGGCAUGGGGAACCCUGCAACACCAUCACUGGUCACUGCCGAAGCUGCAACCCUGGCUGGAUUGGCCCCAG